UCAUUUCACAAGGAGCUUCUGGUUGUGGUUGUGAAACUGAAAAUUUUUGCGAUGUUCAAAAAGAAAAUUCGAGGUGGUAAAGCGUUGCAAAGUGGAAGAAAAGUAGGCUUAGAAGUCGGAGGACCGAGAAAUUCUAAAAGAUCACAAGAUCUGCGAUCCACUCUUUCUAAAAAAAAGGCGAAAAAAGCUCAAGGGUUUCGCGAUCCUACCAUUACAACAAACACAAGGAAUCUUGUUGACGCGAGGCAAACUAUUUCUUCGAAGAAGAAACGGACUCAACCAGUCAUUCGUUCCAUAGCAUUGCUAGAGGAACAGAGAAAAGAAAAAAGGCAAAAUGUAUUUCAGAAAAAUAGGUCUUUGACACUGUCGACCAGUGGCCACAUUCAAAUUACUACGAAGCAAGAUGUCCCUCCAGACAGGUCAGCUACAGUUAUGGGAGAUUCGAUCCGCAUUACUGCUAAAGUAGAGCGUAGUAAAGAAGAUUUGGAGCGAGAGGCAAACAUCAUUGCAGGGUAUCUUACAAUAACAGCCAAGAAUGAGGAGGCAAAAAGAAAAGAGAAGGAACAAGCCAUAAGAAAGCGAGAGAGACAAAACGAAGCAAAAAGGAGAGAACGAGAGAGGAAGGCUCUUAGAAGGGAAAAGGAGAGAAGAGAGCAUACACUUUACGGUCAGACUACUGAAGAAAACAGCACCUACGCUUCAAACAAAUCCGAGCCUCACCUAGCCGGUAGAUUUAGAGAUAGUGUGUUGGGAGACAGACUGGAUCACGGAAUAAGCAGUACCGCAGGACAGACUCAAAGGGGCCCUGAGGCUUCUAAACAAGACCUACCAACUUCUGGUUGUAGGAUCAAUGUCUCCAAUUUACACCCGCUUGUCACUCAACAAGACGUUGAAGAACUCUUUGGCGUAGUGGGUGAAUUACGCAGUUGUAAAAUGCUUGGAAGAGGAUCAGCGGAAGUUGUGUAUGUGAAUAAAGAAGAUGCACAAUUUGCAAUUGGUAGAUACAAUAAUCGGAAACUUGAUGGGCAGCCGAUGCUGUGUAAGCUCAACAUGCUACCAUCAGCAUCACUCUACUCACCUCCACCUGCCAGAUUAGCACCUCUUCCUCCUCUACGUGCUGCCCCUGCACCAGUGGCAAAGCCUCUCCCAAGGAGUGUUCCUGCAAGGAAUGAUGGAGUAGCCACUGAGGCAUUACGACCAGUGGUCUUCAAAGUCAGAAUAUAAGAUAGUUCAAACUCUCAUUGAUUUAAACUUUGUACUUGAACAGGUUUUGUCACAAUUAGUUUUGUGCAUCUUAAAAAUGAGUUAGAACAUUUCAAGGUCAUUAUUUUGAGCCCCCAGUUACAAUGUAAAUGCUACCUUAACUUUAAAGUUUAUUAUUACCCCUUCUGCUUUUGUCUAUCCUUGGUAAAUCUGCCACUGUUGGAGAAAUUAGCCCAUGCCCCCACCCCCACCCUCUCAGGUAGGAGAAAGGACCACAUUUAGAAGACGGGUGGAAAUUAAUCAGGAAAUUGUGGAAAACUGUUAUGUGUGCUUUUAACUGUUUCAUCAUAUUAUGGUAUUUCUGGCUGCUUAAAUAUCACUUCAUUUCAAGAAGCGCAAAGGUAUUGUUAUUGUUACUUAUUCCUGCGAUUUCCUGAGAAUUCAAACUGUAACUGUGGGCAUCUAUAGUUUUCGAAGUCCAGGAUCUCCAUUAUUUUGUAGGCUUAAUUAAGACGUGUUUGAUUUGGUAAAUACAGGUGUAAUCUUGGGAGUGGAAAGGUUUAUGAUGUAAGUCUAACAACCAGUGAAAUGAUUCUGAAAAAUCUAGAACUUGCUUGUAUGACAUACUGAUGUGAUAGUCAGAUGAAACUGUUCUCAGGUCAAACAUUGAAAUGCUGGGGCAUUUCGUUAAAUUUGGGACACAAGGAUGUGGUGGUAAUGAUGAGGCAAUUGUGAGGAGGGUGUCAGCGAAAGUGGAUAGAAUUCAACUGGGCUCCCUUGAAUGCUCUCUUUCUCAAGCUAAAACUAGGUUUUUCAGUCAAUUACUUGUUAAAAAUCAGUCACUCACAGCCCAUUUUAAUGCUUUGUAAGAUGACAAGUAACCAUUUAAACUUACCAGAGGAAAAAGUUUUGGUAAGUAAAGAAGGUUAACAAAGGUACCACAAUGUUUGUACAGUAGGUGAGAAGUAAAUUGUUUUUCAUUCAGCGUUAUUUAUAACAAA